CUGAGGGUCAGCACGUGCGGCGCCAACGCGCCCCUGCAGAGUGCAGAGGCGAGGGAAAGCCAUGGCCGAGGGCGAGGGCACGGGCACGGGGCUGGUCGAGAGCGCCCGCGGCCGCCACGACAUGCCGCGGGUGGUGGCCGCCCUCGCCGGCAUCCUGGAGCGCGUCGCGGAGCGCAACGACGCCGCGCCCGAGGAGCCGGCCGCCGCGCCGGCGUCGGCGUUCCGGGCGACGACCAAGCCCGGCAUCUCGGUUCGCGCGUACGCGGCGCGCAUCGCGCGGUUCGCCGGGUGCAGCCCGGCGUGCUACGUCGUCGCCUACAUCUACCUCGACCGGCUCCUGCGCCGCGGCCGAUGCCUCGCGCUCGCCGUCGACUCCUACAGCGUGCACCGGCUCCUCAUCACCGCCGUGCUCUCCGCCGUCAAGUUCAUGGAUGACAUAUGCUACAACAACGCCUACUUCGCCAAGGUCGGGGGCAUCAGCCUGGCGGAGAUGAACUACCUCGAGGUGGACUUCCUGUUCGGCCUCGGCUUCGACCUGAACGUGACGCCGGAGACGUUCGGCGACUACUGCGCCGUGCUCCAGUCCGAGAUGCUCAUCAGCGGCGGCGCGGGGGCUCCUCCGGCUGCCGCCCCCGCCGCGCCGCCGAGGCUGCACUACUGCUGCCUGUCCGAGGACGACGCCGGCAGCAGCUCUCUGCGUGAAGCGGCGCCCAUGGAAGCAAGCUAGCUAGCUAGUGUCGAUCGAUCGAUCGAUCCUAUAUAUCAUGUGCUGCAUUGGUGUUUUUCUUAGCUUAUAUGCUGCAUUAGUUAGUGGCAGCUGCUUCGAUUUAGUUUAGACUGCUAGCUAGUACUCCCAAUCUUGCAUGAUGCUGCAGCAAGCAACUAAGCAAGUCAGUAGCCAGCAGUGCAUUCUUGCUGUGUGCACUCUUCCGUUGUUUUUGUUUGGUGUAGUGUGUAGAUGAUCUGUGAAAAACUAGGUGUGUGUCUGUACUACGAGCAGCAGUUAUAUUCUGCGAUUCCUAUAUAAAUUUUGA